GUUCCUGUGAAAAGUGCGAGUGAUCGAAAAUUGUUGCUGAUCUUUAAAAGUGAAUGUGCGGGCUGCAGCGUGAGUGAAGGAUGAACCGUUUGCUAGCGAUUGCUGCCGUCGACAGCUCGCCGACACCGUUCGGCAGCCCUACCGGGUGGCGGCUGCGGGACCAAUACUGUAUCAUUACAAGCAACGAUGACCCGAACGAGGUCCACCUGGACGACGAAAUCGAGCGCGUGUUCGGUACGACCGCCGAGAAGGAACGUUUCGAACUGAACCGGCUGCAGGACGAAGUCAUCCUGGACAACUCGCCGCUCAAGUACGACGAAGCGCACCGCGUCCCGGACAGCGCGGACGCCACGUCCAGUGCGAGCAACAAUAACAACAACAACAACAGCAGCAGCACUACUACCAGCAACAACAAGCCCUCCGCCAGCAGCAAUGAGCAGCAGGGCCGCAGCAAGCCGGUUGCGGCGUCCCCGCCGACCACCACCCCGACCAGCCCGAUCUCGUUCUCGUCCAAGAGCGAGCCGACCGACACGAAACUCUCGUCCACCGCGAACAACACCACGCUAGCGGACAACACGUCGAACGAUUUCAGCGAAACCGUGCACGACGAGCCGGUGGUCGAUCAGGGCACGGUGCAGGGCGAACAGUGGGACACAAGCGCCAGAAGGAAUGUGCACUUUGACAAAGACAACAAGGGAGCGCCGAUCGAGGGUUUGCCGCUAGAGGACACUAACGAGGAGCGCCGGCGACGUACCGAGAAACUGCUGCAAAGCAAACCCGUCCGAAGCAAAAGACGGCAUCAUCCGCACAAAUCGCGGAAGUUUUCGCUGCAAGAGUACCAUCCCGAAUGGCGACGGCAGAGCGGUACCGAGGGUGGCCCGACCGGGCGCCGCAUCUCGGUCCAGCCGGAGGAUGCGACGCUGCAGGAGGCCGACAUCGACGAGCUGACGUCGCACCGGUCGGACGAUCCGCGGGCCCUGCGCCGCCACAAGGUCAGCGCCCAGUCGGGCACGUCGCUGGUGAACAUCAACCGGAAGGAGGCGGCGCCGCCGCUCCAGCACCUGCUACCCUCGAGCAAGUACAAGAAGAUGUACGACCACAGCCCGCACGAGGUGUUCGUGCAGCUGGACGAGCUGACCGGCAGCGGGGAGGACCGGGAGUGGAAGGAGACGGCCCGCUGGAUCAAGUACGAGGAGGACGUGGAGGAGGGCGCGGACCGGUGGGGCCGGCCACACGUCGCCUCCCUGUCGUUCCACUCGCUGCUCAAUCUGCGCCGCUGCCUCGAGACGGGCGUCGUGCUGAUGGACCUGGAGGAGAAGGAUCUGCCCUCGGUGGCGUACCGCGUGGUGGAGCAGAUGGUCGUUGAUGAGCUGAUCCACGAGGAUGAUAAGGCGGUCAUCAUGCGAGCGCUGCUGCUGCGCCAUCGCCACGUCAACGAAAGCUCGCACGGCGGAUUUUCCUUCGGGCCGAAGCGGAAGUACAGCAGCUACACGAGCCUGCAGUCCCUGUCGAUGCGGGCCGAGGACGGUGGCAACGGGGAGGUGAUCGUGGGCGUCCGGCGCCUCAACUCGUUCGUAAGCCCCACCCAAAGCUACACGCUCAGUCCGCCCUCGCUGCACCCGAACUCGGUGUACGGCCAGAGCCCGAACCUUUCCUCCCGGAACCACCACCACCACACCCACCAUCAGCAACAGCCGGCGCAUCAGCCGGCCAAGGAUCAGCAGCGCCACCAGCGGCACGCAUCCGGUCCGCACCGGUGCCGGCGGUCCGGCAGCCAGGACAGCAGCAGCACGGCGACAGCCGCGGCAGCACCGGUGACCCUAACCACGGUCACCAGUGCCGUUGGUAUGCGACGAAAUAACUCACCUUUAUCGCUGACAGUUAGUGUGGAUGAUAAGAAGCCACGCAUCGUACCGGCGACCGAGAUCAACGGGCACGGCGGUGGCCACGGUGAGACGCGCAUCAACAUCAGCGAGGAAACGUACACCUCCUCGCAGGAGGACAUCAAGAUGCGCACGCAGAAGGAAUCCAUCCUGAAGCGCAUCCCCGAGGGUGCGGAAGCGACGACCGUCCUCGUCGGUGCGGUCGACUUUCUCGAGCAGCCCACGAUCGCGUUCGUCCGCCUGGCGGAAGGUAUCCCGAUGCCCAGCAUCACGGAAGUCCCGAUCCCCGUGCGCUUCCUAUUCAUUCUGCUCGGGCCGCAGAAGACGGAGCUGGACUACCACGAGGUCGGCCGGUCGAUCGCCACGCUCAUGUCGAACGAGCACUUCCACGACAUCGCCUACAAGGCGGACGAUCGGCGCGAGCUGCUGUCCGCGAUCAACGAGUUCCUGGACGACUCGAUCGUGCUGCCGCCGGGCAAAUGGGAACGGCAGGCACUGUUGCCGUUCGAGGAGCUGAAGGCGAAGAGCGACAUGAUCCGGCUGCGCAAGAAGAAAGCGCUGGACGAGAAGAUCAAGAGCAAGCAGUCGCAGCUGCUGACGAGCGAGGAGGAAAAGAAGCUGCUGGCAGCAUCGGGCGGUGCGGGCGAUGGUGGAGGCGGCGAUGGGAAGAAGCCACCCAAAAACCCGCUGGAAAAGACGAACCGCCUGUGGGGCGGCCUGAUUAACGACAUCAAGCGCCGCUACCCGAUGUACAAGAGCGACAUCAUGGACGGGCUCAACACGGAAACGCUGGCGGCGACCAUCUUCAUGUACUUUGCCGCCUUGUCGACGGCCAUCACGUUCGGGGGGCUGUCCUCGGACAAGACGCACAACCUCAUCGGCAUCUCGGAAACGCUCGUGUCGGCCUCGAUGGUGGGGCUGGUGUUUCAUCUGCUCGCGGGACAGCCGCUGGUCAUUAUCGGCACGACUGGGCCGCUGCUGCUGUUCGACGAAGCGCUGAACCAGUUCUGCAUCUCGAACGACUUCAGCUUUCUCACGGUGCGGGUGUACGUGGGGUGCUGGCUGGCGGUGAUUGCGCUGGUUGUGUCCGCGUUCGAGGGCAGCGUGUACGUGCGACUGUUCACGCGCUUCACGCAGGAAAUCUUCUCCGCGCUCAUCACGCUGAUCUACAUCGUCGAGACGGUGAUGAAGCUGCUGUCCGUGUACAAGCGUCAUCCCCUGUUGGCGGAGUACCUGUACAAGAACGUCACCGAGCCACAGCCGCUCCCGAUGCCCUACCUCGAAGAGGAGCGCAAUGGCACGACUCCCACCUCCGAGCUGCUGGCCGAGAGUCUAACAACGGCCGUGAACGGUACGAUCGCAAUGGCCCAGGACGCAGCCAAUCUGCUCAUCCCGGAAGACGGCACCGGGCCACUGAACCGACCCAACACGGCCCUCUUCUGCACCAUCCUCACGCUCGGCACGUUCUCGCUGGCCUACUAUCUGAAGCUGUUCCGCAACUCCCACUUCCUGGGGCGUAACGCCCGCCGUGCCCUCGGUGACUUCGGUGUGCCGAUCUCGAUCGCGCUGUUCGUGCUGCUCGACUACAUGAUCCCGCAGGUGUACACGGAGAAGCUAAGCGUACCGGAGGGCCUGUCGCCGAGCGAUGAAACGCGCCGCGGAUGGAUCAUUCCGCUCGGUGGCGUUCCCGGCUGGAUGCCGUUUGUUGCCGGCAUUCCCGCCCUGCUGGUGUACAUCCUGAUCUUCAUGGAGACGCACAUCUCCGAGCUGAUCGUGGACAAGCCCGAGCGGGGGCUGAAGAAGGGCUCGGGCCUGCACAUGGACAUUGUGCUGCUGUGCUUCCUGAACACCGUCUGCGGGUUCUUCGGUAUGCCGUGGCACUGUGCCGCCACCGUACGGUCAGUGACGCACGUGUCUGCCGUCACCAUCAUGUCGAGAACGCACGCCCCCGGAGACGCUCCACACAUUACGGACGUGAAGGAGCAAAGAAUAUCGGGCUUCUUCGUGUCGCUAAUGGUCGGGUUGUCCGUAACGAUGGCUCCCAUUUUGCGCCUCAUCCCGAUGUCCGUACUGUUCGGUGUGUUCCUGUACAUGGGCAUUGCUUCCAUGAGCGGUGUGCAGUUCUUCGAGCGAUUGCGGCUGUACCUGAUGCCGGUGAAGCAUCAUCCACAAGUGCCAUUCGUGCGCCGCGUCCCGACCUGGAAGAUGCACCUGUUUACCUUCGUGCAGAUACUGGCACUGGCCAUGCUGUGGGCGGUCAAGUCGUCCCCGUUCUCGCUCGCCUUCCCCUUCUUCCUGAUCAUGAUGGUACCGAUCCGGAAGCAGCUGGAGAGCAUCUUUUCGCCCCUGGAGUUGCGUGCGCUCGAUGGAAGCCAACCGAACGAAGGCGCAGAGGAUGAGCCCGAUUUCUACGAGCAGGCUCCCAUCCCUGCUUAAGGACAAUGGGGGGAUACUGCGCAAUCUACGCCGCACUGAGCCUACUUUUGAGCUGUUGGCUCAAACACAAACGGCUUGAAUUUUUGCAUAAAUUUUGUCUACCGUCUGUGGACGAUCGACAUGAUCAGAUGCAAAGCGAUCACGUUAAAAACUAAAACACAGCAACCAAGCAACACCUAAAGGCAACAAAACCAACCCUAAAUAUAUAUUUAUUGCAAAACAUGUUAACUAGCGGAGCAAGCAACAACGGAGAAGAAGAAGCGGAACAACACCGAAGUAAAAAAACAACAAUUUUCACGUAAAAAAAACACACACACACACCACAUAUAUAGUGAAAAGACGUCUCCUUUUACGUAACGAAAUUAUUAGGCAUAGGAGUAGGCAAUUCUAUUAAAAACAAAAAAACCGUAGCAUAAAUCAAAAGCAACAAUCUAUUCUCCAUAAUUCUUCUCUUCUUUAAAGGGAAGGAGAGAGCGAGUGAGAAAGAGAAAAAGACAGAAAGGGAAAUGAGAAAGAGAGAGAGAGAGAGAGAGAGAAAGAAAAAGAAAGAGAGAAACGCGAAGGACAACAAGCGCGAUCGAAAAACCACAUCUCACAUGGGGAAAUUGAGUGUGUGUGUGUGUGUUUGAAAGUAUGUCUAGGUGUGCGUGUCUACAACAGUCUGUGAUCAGUAUUACUUACAGGAAUGCAUCGGAACACAACUGCGCGAUGGGGGCAAUAAAGAGAUGAAGCAAAAAAAAACAAAGAAAACAGGCGCACAGCAAAAUGUAAUAGAAUUACACAAAUCCAAUCAAAAACAGUUUGAACCGAAUUGAUCUGAUCGGUUACCGAUCCCUUAUUGGUCCCCCUCAUUAUUUUGUACCUUCACAUCACCUGCAAUGGAACGAACGAGCUCAUGACUCCUCAUGGUGUAGUAGCAUCGGAGGGAUCGAAUAGUUUCAUUAUUACAGCUCAAACAAGAUAAAUAUCAAAAUCGUGUAUUUUUGUGACCUAUUUAAAGCCCCAAUGUUUUGCUAACUGUGUCUGUGUGUGAGAGAGACAGAGAGAGAGAGGGGGGAUGGUUGGAAGAGAUUGUUGUUGUGUAGUGUUGUGUAGUGUUGCUGGCCAAGCCAAGCGAAAGUAUUGGAUCGUUGGAUAUGUAUAUGUGUGUGUGAGAAAGAGAGAGAAUGUGUAGCGAUCGACCUAGGAAGGAGGAUUUGUUUCUUGUUUAUGUUUCUUGUUGUAUAACAGAUAUUUUAUUUUUCCACAAAGCUUUGAAAGAGAGAAAGAGAGGGAGAGAGAGAGAGAGAGUAUAUAUAUACAUAUAAAGCUAUUCACAUUAUUUGCUUCGCUCGAAAGACAGUUAGAACGGCCAAAUCUGGACCGCCUCAAGGAGGGUUACUUAAGAAACGCCACUAAGCAACACUGGACCAGCGGAUGGAUCGGCGGCACAGGAUGAUUGCGCAUGUGUGUGUGAGAAAUUCCUGUCAAAAGGCAAGGAGGGUGCGUUUAUAGAAGGAGAAUUUUAUCUUACUUCAAUAUUUUUUAGAUAGCCCGUAACUAGAGAGCGAGACAGAGAGAGAAAGAGCGUGAGUCUGUCUGUCCGUUUUGGGCAGGAGGGCGAGGAGGGAUGACGUUGCGUGCAGCUGCCCGGUUGGGGCGCUUUAGGCUCUUGGCAUUACACUUACACUAGAUUAGUGCAUAGACGGUAUGAAUUGAAACAUUUAUUCUUCAAUUUUUCCGCAUCAUCCUGAGGACAUUAUUAGCCUUUCUGAUAGCGUGUUAGUGCAACCGAACCAGCCGGUACAAACAAUAAAUGAACUAAACCCCGUAACGAAA